CAACACUACUAUAUAACAAAUAAUUUGAGCUAGCAAUGUGUGAUAUCAUCGAAAAACCAUCAUCUGUGUGUCUACCAGCUUUAUCUAACUUCACCUUCGGGAGCAAGGAGCCCCAGUAUGAGAAAGAUCCUUCUGUGUCCGCCAGGUUCAAGAGGCUGAGGAGCGAGUUUGGAAUGUGGGGAAUGCGUCAGACGAGUGAAGCGUUGCUGCUGCUCCACGAACACAAGCUACCCCACGUGCUGCUCUUACAACUCGGCACUGCUUUCUUCAAACUUCCUGGCGGUGAAGUGAGACCAGGACAAGACCCCAGAGAGUCCCUGAAGGAGACACUAGAUAAUCUACUUUGUAAAGAGACAGAGAGCGAAUCUCCUACCAUAGAUUGGAAGGUUACUGAUGUGAUAUCUCAGUGGUGGAGACCUAGUUUUGAGCCACCCCAGUACCCUUACAUUCCACCCCAUGUCUCGUGUCCUAAAGAAUGUCGUACCAUCUACCUAGUAGAUCUGCCCGAAAGUGCCACAUUCGCUGUACCCCGCAACUACCGCCUAGUUGCCGCCCCACUGUUCGAGCUGUACGAUAACUCUACUAGCUAUGGACCUGUUAUCUCCAGCUUGCCUCAACUUAUUAGUAGAUACAAUCCUAUCUACUUGUAGAUACAAUCCUAUCUACUUGUAGAUCCAAUCUACUUUUAGAAUGCAGAUUGUAGGUGUAGAGUAUUGAAGCGUUUUAACUUCAGACGUAAAGAACUUUUUAAUUUGUACGGUUUUUAAAUCGUGCUGCGAGUCAAUAAAGCUAACCAUUGUAAUUAUUAUGUCAGAUUUUACCAUUGGAUGUGUGUCUUAAACUUUGGGUUCCCAUUUAUUUUUAAGUACUACUUUUUUGUUAUGUUUUUGUAAAUACAUAUGAAUUUAUUAUUUGUACAUACUUUUGAUGUUAGUAAAUUUUUAAUUAAUUUUAUUGCAGUUAUUUUUGUUUUGCAUAAUGAUGUCUCAUCGGAUUGUUAAAUUUCAGGAUGUUGAAAUUUUCUUAGGAUGUUCAUUUUUUUAAAGGAUGUUCAUAUUUUUAAUUUGUAAGGAUGACCAUAAUUGAAUUUAAACUGACGUAUUGUUCUUGGGAGCUCAAAUUGUUAUUUUGAUUUUAUUGAAGUGUUUAAAAUAAAUCUAUAA